AUCAAAGAAACUGUUUCUCUUCUUCUCUGCCAUCUUCUGCCUCCUCUUCUCUCCAUAAGACGGAGAGAGUAAAUAUUCUUCAUUGAAAGGGAAAAAGAAGAACAACUAACUAGAAGACAUAAUCAGUUUUGGUCUUUCUUUGCUUCUUAUUAUUCGUUCUCACCUUCUUCUUCUCUAAAAGAGAACACAUCUACCAAAGGCAAAAACAUACAGAAAUCAAAAAUGUCGGCGGGAGAAGAAGCAAUAGUAGCUAGCGGAAAUGACAACGAAGGAGAUCAGAUCAACGGAAACCACACCGGAAAAACCGAAGAAUACGACCCUUCCACCGGUUCUGCACUAAGCAACUUCCUCUGGCACGGUGGCUCCGUCUGGGACGCUUGGUUUAGCUGCGCAUCUAACCAGGUGGCCCAAGUGCUUCUGACACUACCGUACUCGUUCAGUCAACUAGGAAUGUUAUCAGGAAUAGUACUUCAGAUCUUCUACGGAUUACUCGGAAGCUGGACUGCUUAUCUCAUCAGUGUUCUCUACGUUGAGUAUCGAGCUCGUAAGGAGAAAGAAGGCAAAAACUUCAAGAACCACGUUAUUCAGUGGUUCGAAGUACUCGAUGGACUACUUGGCACAUACUGGAAAGCAUUAGGACUCGCAUUUAACUGCACUUUCCUCUUGUUUGGAUCUGUAAUCCAACUCAUUGCUUGUGCCAGCAACAUUUAUUACAUAAACGAUCACUUGGACAAGAGAACAUGGACUUACAUAUUCGGCGCGUGCUGUGCAACCACUGUGUUUAUACCGUCGUUCCAUAACUACCGAAUCUGGUCGUUCCUUGGCUUGGGUAUGACCACCUACACGGCCUGGUACUUGGCCAUCGCCUCCAUUAUCCACGGCCAGACGGAAGGUGUGAAGCAUUCUGGUCCAACAAAGCUAGUGCUAUAUUUUACGGGAGCUACCAAUAUCUUGUAUACCUUUGGUGGUCACGCAGUUACUGUUGAGAUAAUGCAUGCAAUGUGGAAACCACAGAAGUUUAAGUACAUUUACUUGAUGGCGACGUUAUACGUUUUCACACUAACGAUUCCGUCAGCUUCCGCCGUUUACUGGGCCUUCGGAGACGCACUUCUCAACCACUCUAAUGCUUUCUCUCUUCUCCCCAAAAACGGGUGGCGUGACGCUGCCGUUAUCCUCAUGCUCAUUCACCAAUUUAUUACGUUUGGAUUCGCGUGUACCCCACUCUACUUUGUGUGGGAGAAAGUGAUAGGGAUGCAUGACACAAAGAGCAUUUUCUUGAGAGCUUUAGCUCGUUUGCCUGUGGUUAUACCGAUAUGGUUCUUAGCUAUUAUCUUUCCGUUUUUCGGCCCAAUCAAUUCAGCGGUUGGUGCUCUUCUGGUUAGCUUCACCGUCUAUAUCAUCCCUGCCCUCGCUCACAUGCUCACUUACCGCUCUGCCUCCGCUCGUCAGAAUGCGGCGGAGAAGCCACCGUUCUUCAUGCCAAGCUGGACGGCGAUGUACGUGUUGAAUGCUUUCGUGGUGAUUUGGGUUCUAAUAGUCGGGUUCGGGUUUGGUGGAUGGGCAAGUGUAACCAACUUUGUUCGUCAAGUCGACACUUUUGGUCUCUUUGCUAAGUGUUACCAAUGUAAACCACCUGCCGCCGCUGCUCAUGCACCGGUUUCCGCUUUACACCACCGCCUUUGAGAGAUCUAAUGCUUUUGUGGAGUUUAUAAAAAUAUAUUUGUUCUUAAUUUCAUGUUUUGUGUUUGUAUACGUGUGGGAGUAAAAAGUCACGAAAAUAGUGUACUACACAUCCCCUUCGAAUGCGUGUUAAGCUCUUAGUUUUUUUUUUGGGUGUUGUACUUUUCACUCGUUAAUUAGGUCGAUAAUAUAGUAACGUGUGCUUUCUUAAUUUGGUAUUGUUAAACAAUAGGCUAAAAAUGUAUUGACUUCUCUUCUUUUA